GGUUACUGUCUCGUUACGUCUUGAUCGAACAUAAUAAUUUGGUUAUUUCAUGGUUCUUCGACACUUGCUCGAAAAUGUAUCGAAAAUUCAUCGGUGCCACGAUAAUAUUUGUAAUAAUGGAAUUGAACGCCAGUAUAGCCACUGAUUGGUGGUGGGGAAAGAAAGAUCCAUUUAGUUCAUAUCCGAGAAUACCGAAUAAAGAUUUGGUGAAGAGAGAAGUUGCAUUCGCAGAGGAGUGCAGGAAAUUUAUCAUUGCGCCUAAAGACGAAUGGUAUCGUUAGAGGAACUUCAUUAAUUUUAAUUGUACAGUGAAUAUGUAUGUGUUUUUUCCUUGGGAAAAUGUAGUAAUAAAUAAUGUUAUACUAAUUUAUAAUAUAAUA